UCACAGUAUCUGAGAUUCGAAUUCCAAAUCCCUAGGUGUAUUAAUGAACAUUUGGUCAACCAAACCAAUGUACCACCAAAGGGGCUUACACGAACUUUACUUUUCUUUAGGAAGAAAAAUAAAAGUCAGUUCAAAAAAAUACAUUGUCCGUUUAUAAUGGGCUUUUAACGUUAAAGCCAAGCCCAUAAUGAUACAUGACAGCCCAUUCAUUUUAGUACUCUAAUUUGGGGUGAAUAAUCCGUCCCGCGUUAAAAAACACAGAAUCAAAAUUACUUCAUAUCUUCUUCACGUGAGAGUCACGUGUUCGGUAAAAGUGGUUGAAAGUUGAAACCCAUUGGGGAACAAAAACCUAAAGGAGUCUCAUUUCUGCUGGGUCGAGAAAUCGCUGAUAGAGAGUAGAGAGACACACGCAGAUUUUGAGCUGCGUGCUCUGUUUUAAGCUUGAAGGAGGAAAAACAUGGCAGACCAAGAAUCAGAUAAGAACAUUGAGAUUUGGAAGAUUAAGAAGCUAAUCAAAGGACUUGAAACCGCAAGAGGUAAUGGAACAAGUAUGAUCUCUCUUAUAAUGCCUCCUAGAGAUCAAGUAGCUCGUGUCACUAAGAUGCUUGCUGAUGAAUACGGAACCGCCUCAAACAUCAAGAGUCGAGUGAAUCGUCAAUCUGUUUUAUCUGCCAUUACUUCUGCUCAACAAAGAUUGAAGCUUUACAACAAAGUUCCUCCGAAUGGUCUUGUUCUCUAUACUGGAACCAUUGUUACUGAUGAUGGUAAAGAGAAGAAAGUGACGAUUGAUUUCGAGCCUUUUAAACCGAUUAAUGCUUCGUUGUAUUUGUGUGACAAUAAGUUCCACACCGAGCCUUUGAAUGAGCUUUUGGAGUCUGAUGAUAAGUUUGGUUUCAUUGUUAUGGAUGGAAAUGGAACUUUGUUUGGUACUUUGAGUGGGAAUACAAGAGAGGUUCUUCAUAAGUUCACUGUCGAUCUUCCGAAAAAGCACGGAAGAGGAGGACAAUCUGCGUUGCGAUUUGCUCGUCUUAGGAUGGAGAAGAGACAUAACUAUGUGAGGAAAACCGCGGAGCUUGCCACUCAGUUUUACAUUAAUCCAGCUACGAGUCAGCCUAAUGUCUCUGGUCUUAUACUUGCUGGUUCAGCGGAUUUUAAGACCGAGCUAAGUCAAUCAGAACUGUUUGAUCCUCGUCUUCAAGCUAAGAUAUUGAAUGUGGUUGAUGUUUCUUACGGAGGAGAGAAUGGUUUCAACCAAGCAAUUGAGCUGUCUGCUGAGAUUCUAUCUAAUGUGAAGUUCAUACAAGAAAAGAAAUUGAUUGGGAAGUACUUUGAGGAGAUUAGUCAAGACACUGGGAAAUAUGUUUUCGGUGUUGAAGAUACUUUAAAGGCUCUGGAAAUGGGUGCUGUUGAGACUCUUAUAGUGUGGGAGAAUCUAGAUAUUAAUAGGUAUGAGUUAAAGAACAACACGACCGGAGAAAUCGUGAUUAAGCAUUUGGGAAAGGAUCAAGAGAACAACCAAAGCAAUUUCCAUGAUGCAGAGACUAAUGCAGAGUUAGAAGUUCAGGAGAAGAUGCCUCUGCUUGAAUGGUUUGCUAACGAAUAUAAACGUUUUGGUUGUACACUUGAGUUUGUGACUAACAAGUCCCAAGAAGGAUCACAAUUUUGCAGAGGCUUUGGCGGUAUUGGUGGAUUGUUGCGGUACCAGCUUGAUAUGAGGACAUUCGAUGAAUUAUCCGAUGGUGAAGUUUAUGAAGACUCAGAUUAAGUAAGAGAAAAUGUGGUUUAAGAUCUGAAGAAGGAUUUGAAGUUUGGGGAAAAAAAGAAAGACUAUGAACUUUUGUUUGAUAUACUUUGUCUCUCUCUAUUAUCUUCUGUUGCCGCUUUUAAGUUUUUCUGAAACAGUUAUGUUAAAAUGUAUGAGAAAUUUGAGCUUCAUUAUACUCUAUUUUGAAGACAUUUCUUAUUGCCUAUUUGAGAAUUAGCUAAACAUUAAUAUUGCCUUAACAGUAAUGUUAACGGUAAUAUAAAGUCUAAUUAGUCUAAGUGAGAAUCAAC